AUGUGGACAAUACUUAUCACGUCGCUAUCGGCGCUGUUUUUGGCGUCUUCCACGGCUAAGGACAUUCACCGGUCGCAGAAGGCGAUCUUCUACCCACGCACAGAUGGCUUGGGCACCAUAACACGCGGAGUUGAAUCGCUAGAGACGGUUCAAAAGGCCAGGGCGAACAUACCUGCUACACCAGUGGUCAGUAGGAUCGCAACAAGGAAGGCUGCAACCGGAUCAACGAUACGCCACAAUUCGACACCAUCAUAUGCGUAUAACUCUGAAGAAAACGAAGCGCAUGUUUAUUCGAAUGAAAAUCACUCGCACAGUGAAUUACCGGUUUCAGAUUUAAGGCUCCUUAAAUGCUCUUCCGAUAGCUUCCAGGAGUCUGUGAUGAGCCCAGUGGUUGGCAGCAAAUGCGCGAUCACAUCAUUUCAAGGUUUUCAUGCCCUGAACAAAGGCGCUCAUGUCAGGCAAGUUGCAACUGACGACAUAAAUGCGCCAUUUGCCAUUUUCGACUCAAGGUGGACUGAAUUGAAAGGAAAGACCGAGCUUGCUAUUCCGCGAGUCAGCACGGCUGUUGUACGACGAAUAGGCAACAUGCAGCCAUAUUGCGCCAUUGUGCCCCAACCGAAUGCGUUUAGCAUUCUUGGCAAUCUCUUGGCGUCGCUGAGGCUGCUCAUGCUCGACCAGAAACCGUUGCAGAGCGAGCGCCCGCUGUCGCUUAUGCUAAUGGCCGGUGCGUCAACGUUACCGCUGGUAGUCGCCAAGCUGGCCUCUAUGCCAUGCAUUAUGGAUUAUUUGCGCAAGCGGUGGGCUUUCCAGGGAGAAUGUGGUGACUUAUCUGUGGAGUACGUCUUGCAGUCCAUGAUACGCAUCCUCUCCGCGGAGUCUGCGCUGAAAUUGGUCUUGCGCGCAUGGUUCUACGGACGCACUAUGCAGUGGAGUAACAUGCUCCCAGCCCCCGCCGGCAAUGUAUUCUCGAGACUAUCGCAAUCGCUUUCAUUUGUGCCUCACACCGUCGGCAUGCUCGGUUCGAGCAUUCUGGGUGGCUACUGGAAUUUGGAUGUGGCAAAGAGCGUGGUUCACGUGCUUGUACACACCGCUGUGCUCACAAGGGUGGCUGUGUUCACUGCGGCGCAAUACGCCUUUUUCAGGGAUAACUACCACACCGCAUCCUUCAUCAUUAGCCCCUACGCGUCGCAGAUUGCUUCUGUGGUUACAGGCGUACUGUGCGCUCUAUCAAGUGCGGCAACCGUGGUCACAUUGAUGCUGUUCAAGAACUUGGCUAACGCGGUAGACGUGGAACAUUUGCUGGACUCAGCCGGGUUCCGCGCAACGGAGAGCCAGGCUGCGGCAACUGGGUACGCCCGGAACGCUUUGCACAACAUCCCUAAGCUAUUCAAGUCGGUGCAGCUGGAUCUGCUGGUACAGCUCACCUACUACCACGACUACCUCGUGCGGUUGUUCCCUCGGGGCAUUGAGUGGCCGGUGUUACUGCUGCACAUGACCCUCGCGCUGAACGCGAACUCCGCUGCUGGCCUUUACCUUGCGCUGGUGAACUUGCUGUACUCCGUCGUCAACCAAAGGCUGAGCAACUACGAGCGGUCUAUUCUGACGCGAGACAUAGACGCCAUUGUUCAGGAGUCAUGA